GGAAAGCGCGCUGUCGCUUUUUGCUCGUUGAGGCCCUGUUCGUGAGGAUGCCCUAGUAGUAAUUACCUGUUUCAGUUGAAAAAGCAUGUCCUUCUGCGCCACGGACUGGACCUGUUACUCGGAGGCGGGGAUUUUCCUCCUCCCAUGCUACGUGUUCCUCCUCUUCGCCUUCCCCCUCCGCUACUACGAAGUCAAGCUCUCUGCCCGGUGCGCCACACCAGGGAAGAUGCCGCGUCUGCACAUCGCCAAGCGGGUUCUGGUGGUGGUGCUUGCCUGCCUGUCCGCGCUGAUCGGGGCCGUGUAUCUGGCUUUCGUGGGCCUGAACUCCGCUUCAGCAGACGACAACGG